AUGCCCGCCUUGAGGACGCAGCAACCAAGAAAAGCUGCUGUGGGAGACCCCUGGACACCUGUCAGCCCCUUCUCCCACACCGUUGGGAACUGCAACCUUGUGGUGCCUCGCCGUCUUUUUUCUGCCUCCCCGCCGAUCUGCAAGACCCUCAAUCGGCAUCGGGACUCGACAUGGCGCGCCCCGGGCUGUGUCACACCGCUUAUCCGCCCAUCUGCCGAAUCCCCCGAGCGGAGGGCCAGGAUGACUUGCAUGAACCGGUCUGGGCAAAGCGGGAGGUUAUACCGAAAACUGCUUGUCCAGCAGCAAUUCGCAGCAGCUGGCAACCCGGGCGUUGCUUGUGGCCUUUGA